UUUCCGGUGUGCGCGGCGGAGCGCUAGGGCGGGGGCACAGUCGGCUCCCAAUCGCGCACAAUGAGACAGCGCUGAGCGCCGGAAGUGGGGCCGAAGGAAAACACGGAGAGGGAGCCCGGCCGGGACAGGAAGAGGCUGGGGACCGCGGCGAAGGUGGUGAGUGAUCCUGGGCGCCUUCUCCUCACGUCCCUGCCAGACUCGCCUCCGCGCUGAUUCUCCAGUGGGUUUCCUGGACUCCAGAGUAGCGGUCCGCCUGGCCCCGGAGGUGCAAAGUAAGAAAAUUGAAGUCAAAGACCAUGGGAGAUACAGCAAAACCUUAUUUCGUGAAGCGCACUAAAGACCGAGGGACUAUAGAUGAUGAUGAUUUCAGAAGGGGUCACCCCCAACAAGAUUAUUUAAUAAUGGAUGACUAUGCUAAAGGCCAUGGCAGUAAAAUGGAAAAGGGCCUUCAAAAAAAAAAGGUAACACCAGGGAACUAUGGGAAUAACCCCAGAAAAGGACCAUGUGCUGUUUCCAGCAAUCCGUAUGCAUUUAAAAACCCAAUCUACAGUCAACCCGCUUGGAUAAAUGACAACCACAAAGAUCAGAGUAAGAGACGGCUGUCUGAUGAACAUACUGGUAAUUCAGACAACUGGAGAGAAUUCAAACCUGGACCUAGAAUUUCUGUUAUAAACAGACCAAGAAAAGACUCCUUUCAAGAAAAUGAAGAUGGUUAUAGGUGGCAAGACACAAGAGGCUGCAGAACUGUAAGACGACUGUUUCAUAAAGACCUAACAAGCCUAGAAACCACGUCAGAAAUGGAAGCAGGAAGUCCUGAAAACAAGAAGCAGAGGUCCAGGCCUAGGAAGCCACGGAAGACUAGAAAUGAGGAAAAUGAGCAGGAUGCAGACUUGGAGGGCCCCGUGAUCGACGAGUCUGUGCUUUCAACGAAGGAGCUGCUGGGCUUACAGCAGGCUGAGGAGAGACUGAAAAGAGACUGCAUUGACAGGCUAAAAAGGCGACCACGAAACUACCCUACAGCAAAGUACACCUGCAGACUCUGUGAUGUUUUAAUUGAAUCCAUUGCAUUUGCCCAUAAGCAUAUCAAGGAGAAGAGGCACAAGAAAAACAUUAAGGAGAAGCAAGAGGAAGAGUUGCUCACUACGUUACCCCCACCAACACCCUCCCAGAUAAAUGCAGUUGGCAUUGCCAUUGACAAAGUAGUACAGGAAUUUGGCUUACACAGUGAGAACUUGGAACAGAGGCUAGAAAUCAAACGUAUCAUGGAAAAUGUGUUUCAACACAAGUUACCAGAUUGUUCGCUAAGAUUAUAUGGGUCAUCCUGUAGCAGAUUGGGUUUCAAAAAUUCAGAUGUGAACAUUGACAUCCAAUUUCCAGCCAUUAUGUCUCAGCCAGAUGUCCUCUUACUUGUUCAAGAAUGUUUAAAGAACAGUGACUCCUUUGUUGAUGUUGAUGCAGACUUCCAUGCUAGGGUGCCAGUGGUGGUGUGCAGAGAAAAGCAAAGUGGUCUUCUUUGUAAAGUGAGCGCGGGAAAUGAAAAUGCUUGUUUGACAACAGAGCAUUUAACUGCCCUUGGAAAACUAGAACCAAAGCUGAUUCCUUUGGUGAUUGCCUUUAGGUACUGGGCAAAGCUUUGCAGUAUAGAUCGCCCUGAAGAAGGAGGUCUGCCACCUUAUGUGUUUGCCCUUAUGGCCAUUUUCUUUCUUCAGCAGAGGAAAGAACCCCUUUUGCCUGUAUAUCUAGGAUCAUGGAUUGAAGGAUUCUCACUAAGCAAACUAGGGAAUUUCAACCUUAAAGGCAUUGAAAAAGAUGUUGUGAUCUGGGAAUAUAGUGACAGUGCUGCAGGAGACACAGACUCAUCAAAAGAAGAGGCACCAAGAGAAAUGCCGAUUAAAAGGGGACAGGUGUCAUUAAUAUUGGAUAUGAAACACCAGCCUUCAGUACCAGUUGGGCAGCUCUGGGUGGAAUUGCUUCGAUUCUAUGCUUUAGAAUUUAAUUUGGCUGAUUUAGUGAUAAGUAUUCGUGUCAAAGAAUUGGUAUCUCGGGAAUUGAAGGACUGGCCCAAGAAGCGCAUUGCCAUUGAAGAUCCCUAUUCUGUUAAAAGAAAUGUGGCAAGGACCCUAAAUAGUCAACCUGUAUUUGAAUAUAUACUUCAUUGUUUAAGGACAACAUACAAGUAUUUUGCUCUUCCACACAAAAUUACAAAAUCCAGCCUUCCAAAGCCCCUGAAUGCAGUAACAUGUAUUUCACAACAUUCUAAAGAAGUAGUAAAUCAUAAUCCAGAUAUACAAGCAAAAGAUGAUAAACUCAAAAACUCAGUUUUGUCUCAAGGUCCUGGUGCUGCCAGUUCAGCUGCAAAUACCUGUAAGGUACAGCCAGUUACUCUUAAGGAGACUGCUGACGGCUUCGGAAUCCCACCAACAGAAGAAAUGGGAAAUGAACACAUCAAUGUCCACCCCGAAAACUCAGACUGUAUCCAGGCAAAUGUUAACUGUGAUGAUUACGAGGUUGAUAAAGUACACCAUCAAGAAACAGGAAGGAAAAAUGAGAAAGAGAAAAUUGGAAGGAAGGGCAAGCAUCUGUUUACUGUUGAUCAGAAACAUGGGGAGCGUGUCAUCUGUGGCAGCACAUGUAAUAAUGAGUCAGACAGCCCUUUGGAUUUAGAAGGCUUCCAAAAUCCCACAGCUAAAGAGUGUGAUGGACUUGCUACUUUAAAUGACAAAGUUGAUCUUGAUGGAGAAAGUAUAGAAGGUACUGAGGAACUAGAAGACUCUCUAAACCACUUUACCUACUCAGUACAGGGCCAGGCAUCAGAAAUGAUUCCCUCUGAUGAAGAGGAGGAGGAGGAUGAAGAAGAGGAGGAAGAAGAACCUAGGCUCACCAUUAACCAAAGGGAAGAUGAAGAUGGCAUGGCUAACGAAGAUGAGUUAGACAACACGUACACUGGGUCAGGGGAUGAGGAUGCCCUAUCUGAAGAGGAUUAUGAGUUAGGCGAGCCUGCUAAGUAUGAAGAUGUGAAAGAUUGUGGGAAACAUGUAGAUGGAGCUCUGCUAGUGGAACUUAACAAAAUAAGUCUUAAGGAAGAAAAUGUGUGUGAAGAAAAUUCACCUGUGGAUCAGUCUGAUUUUUUUUAUGAAUUCAGUAAACUUAUCUUCACCAAAGGCAAGUCUCCUAUGGUGGUGUGCAGCUUAUGCAAACGAGAGGGUCAUCUAAAGAAGGACUGUCCUGAAGACUUCAAAAGAAUCCAUCUAGAACCUCUGCCACCAUUAACACCCAAGUUUUUAAAUAUCUUAGAUCAAGUUUGUAUCCAGUGUUAUAAGGAUUUUUCUCCAACAAUUAUAGAAGAUCAGGCUCGUGAACAUAUUCGGCAAAACCUAGAAAGUUUCAUAAGACAGGACUUUCCAGGAACUAAAUUGAGCCUGUUUGGCUCCUCCAAAAAUGGAUUUGGGUUCAAACAGAGUGACCUUGACGUCUGUAUGACAAUUAAUGGACUUGAAACUGCUGAGGGAUUAGACUGUGUCAGAACUAUUGAAGAAUUAGCACGAGUCCUCAGAAAACAUUCAGGUCUGAGAAACAUCUUACCUAUUACAACAGCAAAGGUACCAAUUGUGAAGUUCUUCCAUUUGAGAAGUGGUCUGGAAGUAGAUAUCAGUUUGUAUAACACAUUGGCCCUUCAUAACACAAGGCUUUUAUCUGCUUAUUCCGCCAUUGAUCCCAGAGUGAAGUAUUUGUGCUAUACCAUGAAAGUAUUUACAAAGAUGUGUGAUAUUGGUGAUGCAUCUAGAGGCAGCUUAUCAUCAUAUGCAUAUACUCUUAUGGUGCUAUAUUUUCUCCAGCAGAGGAAUCCACCAGUCAUUCCUGUUCUUCAAGAGAUAUACAAAGGUGAAAAGAAACCUGAAAUAUUUGUUGAUGGCUGGAAUAUUUAUUUUUUUGAUCAAAUAGAUGAACUGCCUACUUAUUGGCCAGAAUAUGGAAAAAAUACAGAAUCUGUUGGGCAGCUAUGGUUGGGCCUUCUUCGUUUCUACACAGAGGAAUUUGAUUUUAAAGAACAUGUUAUUAGCAUCAGGAGAAAAAGUCUGCUUACAACUUUUAAGAAACAGUGGACCUCAAAAUACAUUGUUAUUGAAGAUCCUUUUGAUUUGAAUCAUAAUCUUGGAGCUGGAUUGUCAAGGAAAAUGACAAAUUUUAUAAUGAAGGCUUUUAUCAAUGGCAGAAGAGUAUUUGGUAUUCCUGUCAAAGGAUUUCCAAAGGACUACCCCUCAAAAAUGGAGUACUUUUUUGAUCCAGAUGUGUUAACUGAAGGAGAGCUGGCCCCAAAUGAUAGAUGUUGUCGAAUUUGUGGGAAAAUCGGACACUUCAUGAAAGACUGUCCUAUGAGGAGAAAAGUGAGACGGCGUCGAGAUCAGGAAGAUGCCUUGAACCAAAGAUACCCUGAGAACAAAGAAAAAAGAAGCAAAGAGGACAAAGAAAUUCACAACAAGUACACAGAAAGGGAGGUGUCAACAAAAGAAGAUAAGCCCACGCAGUGCACACCUCAGAAAGCCAAGCCAUUGCGGGCAGCUGCUGACCUGGGGAGGGAGAAGAUCCUCAGGCCACCAGUGGAAAAAUGGAAGAGACAGGAUGACAAAGACUUAAGAGAAAAACGUUGUUUUAUUUGUGGAAGAGAAGGGCACAUUAAAAAGGAAUGCCCACAGUUUAAAGGCUCUUCAGGAAUGUGUAAAUCCGAUUGUAUGUUUGGAUCCCCCUCACCUGUCCCUUUGAGACCAACUGGUCCAUUUGUUCAGGUAAACUUAGCUCAAACAAAGAAGGAGGCAUGUCUGUCAUCUGUUCACUCAGGAGAUGCUCCCUGAGUGCUCUCAGCUCUGCACCAGGUCCUGGGCACCGUGGUGGCAGCCUGGGCCCUCCUUCUGACUGACCUGCAGUGCUCUUUUUCUCUGUGCUGUGUGUGUUCGGUGCAUGGUGAGGCUUGCUGGGCACUGGAUGGCAGGGCCUUGUUUCAGAACUCCUGCAUAUGGUCUUGCUUUUCAGUUAACUUGGAAAAUUCUGCUACCCACAUGCCUUAUUUCAGCUCUCCUUGGGUAUGGUUUCAGUUUUAAGGCUGUUUCAGAUGCUCUUCUUUUCGAUAUUGUAAACCAGUCUAUUUCAUUUUUUAGGCAGUGCUUUUACAUGAAGACAAAAAGAAACAAAAAACAACAAUAUUUUUGAGUCCCCAGUCAGGUAUGUGGGUUUUUAAAAGAAAAACAAAUGUGUAUUAUUUUAUUUACUGCAUACUUUACCACAUGCCUUCUGAGACUCUCUGAAUAUGUGUUUUUCACAGGGAUUGAACAUCAGAAUCACUUGGUGGAACUCUAAAACACGCAGUUGCCCAUCCUCUACCUUUAUUUCCUAAAGUUAAUUCUUCAGUGGUUAAGCAUGGGCCUGUGUGUUUUGUAAAUGUUCCAAGUGAUGUUUAUACCACAUGUGAGUGGCAACCAGAGUCUUCAAUUAUUUGUUCCAGUCAUGUGCUUUUUGUUGCUGCUUUGAACUUGCUGCUGUCUUGCCAGCAGUGUUUUCUCCUCCUGGAGAGUAUUUGCCACACACAAAGUAAGGAAAAAAAAAGCAACUUUUAACCUGAACUCCACUCCUACCCCUCAGCUACUUCAUGUAUUCAUUCUUUCAACAAAUAGUUAUCCAGCCUUUCCCUCCCUUUCUAAGUUCAGGAUGCUGGCUUCAACACUGAAGAUACAGCAGUGAACAACCAAAUCCCCUUCUCUCAUUUACUCUGCAUCCUUCUCAGAAGAGGUAGACAAUAAAGAGAUACAGAGAUAAUAUGUCAUGUGGUGGCAAAUGCCAGGAAGAAAUAACAAAGCAAGAAAAGGGAUAAAGAGGCAGCCUCUCUGGUAAAGUAACAUUUAAGCAAAGAAUCAAAUGAAACAAAGGGGCUAGUUAAGGGGAAAUUGGCAUUAGACUGGUAAACUUAGAGUUGUCCUGCAGCAUUAGUGAGGCAGUGUGGCAGGGGCGGAACAGGAUUGGAAACUUGAGAGACAAAGAAAUUGAAAAAAAAAAAAAAGAGUGGAACAGGCAGGAGGGGUGAGUGAGUGGUGGAGGUGAAGUCAGAGGGUGGAUGGAUCUGGGUUAUGAAGCGCCUUCAGCAGUGGUAGUAAUUGUUUUGUUGCCUGCCCCCCCACCCCCCAAGUGAAAUGAGAGACUAUUGUCUCUCUGAGCCAAAGAGUAAUAUUAUCUGAAUCCUAUUUUAAAAGGUUCAUUAUGUCUACUGUGUGGAGACAAGGUGGCCGCUUAGAAACCAACCCACCCCAGCCUGCUGAUUUGUAGAGAUGUGGUCUCCCUAUGUUGCCCAGACUGGCUUUGAACUCCUGACCUCAUGUGAUCCUCCCAACUUGGCCUCCCAAAAUAUUAAAAUGAUAGAUAUGAGCCGCCACACUUGGCCAUAGCUUCAGCCUUGAGCAGAUACUUUCUAAGAUACUUUCUAAACAUUUUAUAUAGGAAAAAGCUAAUUCUUGAAUAGACAAGAUGUUCGUUUUGCUGAGAAUAACGUAGCAUGGUGUUUAAGAUUGUGUGGGUAUGAUUUCUGGCUUUGUGAUCCUGAGAGACUGCCUUAUCCUCCAUAUGCCUCAGUUUCCUCAUGUGUAAAAAGGGGAUAAUAAUAAUACCUGACAGGGAUGUUGGGCAAAAUCCCAUGUAAAAGUACCUAGAACAGUGCCUGUGUAUAGUGAGAGCAGAGCAAAGGUUCCUGGUGGUGGUAUUAUUCCUUCAGGGUAUCACCAAGUCUUCCAGUGCCAGCAUUGUUCAAUUGAGAGAGAAAUAUAGAUGCUAGGCAUACACCUAGAAAUGGCAUUGACAAUAAGUUAGGACUUCUGUGAUUAUCUUCUGAGUAAAAGAUCUAAAUACUUAUAAAUCUUUUGAGCAACUGGAGAAAAUGUAUUUACUACAGGAAAAAUGUAUUGCAAUAAUUAUGUUACUUUAUACCAGAAAGGUGGUUAAAAUUCUAUCCAAUAAAUUAGACUCUUCCAAGUAAGUGUAUGACAGAUGAAAUAACUAUCUAGUUAUCCAUGAUAGACGUAUCCAAAUCAUCUAUGUUGUUAUAUGUGAACUAUAACUCACCUGUAAAUAGUAUUAAUUUCCCCACAGCUCUUCCCUUCCGUAGUACUAAGUGUCUUUGACCCACUUGUAAUUUCUCAAGAGAGCAUGUUGAUACGGACAGCCCCUUCUAUCAUACAUGGUGUAUUGACCUUAGGCAAGAGAUGUAGUUUCUCUGAGCUCCAGCUGUCUCAUCUAUAAAAUUGGUGUUAACACCAUUUAUCUCAUAGGGUGCUAAGAAGAUUAAAGUACCACCCAUAGUAGGCACUCAGUCAAGUUCUCUUUCCUCUCCUGAUACCUACCUCCAUCCUUUCCUCUAGGUUGCAUACAGUUCUUAACUCCCAAAGGAGAUCAUAAUAGAUAGAAAGUCCCAUGAAUGUCCUUGCUCUUUGUUGUUACUUCUCCCCCUCCGCACACAAUGCCUUAGAUAUUCAGUAGGUUUUAUUGAAUACAGGUGAACUUAUUUGGAAGGAAUAAAAAGGCAAAGCAGGAGAAUGAGCAAGAACAUGAGCUUUAGAGUGAGAGACUUGAGUUUGAAAUCCAGCCCAACCAUUUACUAGUUGUGUGACCUUUGUCAAGUUAUGCAACCUCUCUGUGCCUCAGUUUCCUUGUUGGUAAAUUGGUGCUAAAACCUCACAGGACUAUUGUAAGGAUUAACUUCAUGUAGAUAAGGCACUUAACACAUCUUAUCACUCAAUAAAUUAUCACUGCCCUUUGUUACUAUGGUUAACAGAAACACUUGCUGUAAUUUAUCUCUUCUAACUUAUAGGACAAAUAAAUAAUGGAAAUUUCUAAGAAAACAAAAUUAUGUAGAGAUUGUGGUACCACAGUGAUAAACUGAUUUUUAUGCUCACAUUAAUUACUCUGGUUUAUGUAUGAAAAUUUAUUCAGUAUUAGAAUCUCAGAAAACUAAUGUUUUUUCCAUUCUUUAAUCUUCCUACCCUUUUUUUUGGUAAAUUACUUUAAAAGAAAACCUACCUCUGUCUUUUCUUUUAUUCCAUUUUAAUCUUAUGGCUUGAAAUCUGAAAACUUUGAGGUGCUGUAAGAGAUUGGUGGAUGUAUUUUUGCCCUCAUGGUAAUGUAUUCUUUUACAGCUUUUAUCAUUGAUCAGAAUUUUAAAGCCUCCCUAUUUUAAAAAACAAAAAACAGUGAUCUUUAUGAUAAUAAGUUUUAAAUAAUAGAAAUACUUAUAAAAAUAGUAUGGGGAGAUCUCAGUGAUAGUGAAUAUAGAUCAUUCUCAUUGAUACCCUUCUUUGGAUAUGCUAGUGUAUUAAUAUACCAUUGUUUAUUUAAUCAUGUCUUAUUAAUGGACUGGCUGUUUUCACAUAUUUGUUAUACCAACUGUCUUCACAACUUGUGAUUACAUAUUCUCUCCCCAAAUAUUGAAAGCCCAUAUAUAUCCUUGUACAUUUUUAAAGUUGAUAUCUAAAUCUUUCAUUGUAGUUGCAAAGCAUGUAAUUUCUUGGGGGAGAGGGGCUGUAAAUAUUGACCUUUUAAAAUAAAACUUGUAAGUCAGCCUUAAA